CCCCUGGACAAUCAGCGCAUGCAGGCAAACUUCUCUUCUCCUGUUGUUGUUUUUUCUGAUCACGGAAUGAACGGAGCUGUAGGGCACUAAGGAGUGGCAAGUGGAGGCACCAUGGAAUCUUUAAAAUUGCUGGUGCUUUUGUGGAUAUGGAACUGUGUUCUUCUGCAAGGCAUAUCUCAAGUGGUGACUCCCACAAAAGGUUUCCAGGACGCAAGGCCAGAUGUCCUCACCACCCCUUCCCCUGCAGAAGACAAAUCAGCGGCACUAACAGUGGCAGCAUUGGGUGUUAUCAUCUUCAUAGCAAUUCUGGUGGUUAUUGUGAUCAUCCUGGUCAGUGUGGUCAGCCUAAGAUUCAGAUGUCAUCAUUGCAAAGAUGUAGAAGAUAAACAGAAACUUCAACAUCCAAUGGUAUCUUAUAGCUGCUCUGAAGCCGAUGCCACAGCUAGCAAGAAGAAUGUCCUGCUGGUCUCCAUGAAGGAUUUAAACACAAGCAACAGUAAGGAAAGUUGUUGGGAAGACAAUGGUUGCGCAUGAAGAAUAAGAAAACAUUACAACGUUGCAACUUCAUUUUAGUCAUGAUGUGUGUUGUGUGUGUGUGUGGUGUGUGUGUUGAUGAAAUAAUUCCUGUUUGUAUCUGGGAUAUAAACAUAUGGAUUUGCCUUCUCAAUCAGCCCAUUGGUCCAUCCAGCCUAGUAUUAUUUAUUCUGACUGACAGGGGUUCCCCAUGGUCUAAAGCUCCAGAGACCCUCCCAGAACCCGUAACUGGAGAGUACGGGCCAGUUCACAUGCCAUG